AUGGGAAAGAAGAAGGCAUUCAUUGAUAAGAAAGCCAGUCAAAGCUUUCGAUUGGUGCCGGAUAAUAGGGAGAAGAGUGAACGAUUCAAGCCAGAUCAAGCUCAUUUGGAGGAACAACAGAAGUAUGGAGUCUACUACGACGAUGAUUAUGAUUACUUGCAGCACAUGCGAGCUAUCAAUGAGCCGAUGAAACUGGAAAGUGUACAUGAGGAAGUGGAGAAAACAACCAUCCGUGCUGCUCCUCCUGCUUUCCCUCCAGCUCCUCCUCUCUUUGGUCUCGUCGGAGGUCUGAAAAAGCCAGAAUUUUUCGAUGAAGACGUUGCCAACGCGUUGGAAGAUGUGACAGACGAUAGGAACGGAGGAGAACUCGAAGAUAACUUCAUCUCGUUAGCGGGUGGAGUUCUUGACGAACGGACAACUUUCUUCAGAAACGAGAGAAGAGGUGGAGAUUCUGAUGAAGAGGAUGACGACGAUGAAGAUGAUCAAAUGUACGAUGAUUACGAUGACGAGGAGCUAUUCGGAGAGGAAACUGUCAGAGAGAUUAGACCGGAGAGAACUGAACAGAGAGUUAUGGACGAUGCUUUUGAAGAGCUUAUGAAUAGAGAAUACAAUACUGAUCAGAUCGGAGAGCUCGAUGGAGACGACUACGAAAUCGGAGGCGCCCUUGAACCAAACGCUGGUCGUCUUCACAAACUGAUUAAUGACAAAGGACGUUCUAAUGCAGAGUAUGAUGAAGAGCUCGCCAAACAUUAUGUGCGGGAACGGAUGCGGCUCAUUGAGGAAGGAGUCAUCAAGGACAAAGAGGAGUACGAGAUUGUGGAAGUGGAUGAGGGUACCAACAAGAAGAUGAAGUGGGACUGCGAGUCUUUCGCCACUCAAUACACAAAUAUCUACAAUCAUCCAACACUGAUCAAAGAGCCACGUGGAUUGUCAAGAAAAGCUUUGAAGCGAUUCGAUAAGGCUGUGGAAGACAUGGAGAUUGCUGAGGAAGAUGAGGAUGAGGAUGAAGACGAGGAUAUGGAAGAUGAUGCAGAUGACAAUGAAAGUGUUUUCUCGACUGUUUCAACGUUCCGACCGAAAGGAGAGACUCCAGAACAGAGAAAGUUGCGAAAGGCAGCUGUGAAAGAGGCGAGAAAGCAGAGAAGAGUUGAGAAGAAGGCCAAUAAGACGAUGUUUGCAGAGGAGAAACGAAAGCUCGCCAAAGGACGCAUCGGACAGAUCAAGGCUCGUCCAAUCUAG